UUAGAAGGCAGCAUUCGUCUCGGUUUGCCACGCCCGCGGCUUACACAUCGCAUAUGACACGGUGUUGCCUGUGUCGAAAUUAAUGAAACUUCGCUAACAACUCUGGACAGGGUUGAGCUCUAGAACGUUAUGGCGUUAAGUGGUAAGGUAGCUCUUGUAACUGGUGCCAGUCAAGGUUUGGGGAAAGGCUUUUCGGACAUUCUUCUGAAAAAUGGAGCAAAGGUGGCAAUGUUGGACAUUAACGAAACGGUUGGGAAAACCGCCAAAGCGGAUUUUGAUAAAGAGUACGGAGAAGACCGGACCGUUUUUUUGAAAUGCGAUGUCACCUCAGCGGAACAACUAAAAGAUGCGUUCCAGAAAACCAUCGAGAGGUUUGGCGGACUCCACAUCGUUGCCAACAACGCAGGGAUUCUGGAUGAGAGCGACUGGGAGAAAACAGUACAGAUAAAUCUGAAUGGAGUGAUUAGGGGCACCUAUCUGGCACUUCAGCACAUGAAGAAGGGGAGUGGAGGAGGAGGAGGAGUAAUAGUCAACACAGCCUCCAUUGCAGGGCUGGGUCCCCUCUUAACCUCUCCUGUCUACACAGCCACCAAACAUGGAGUCGUUGGGUUCACCAGGGCGAUGGCAGAUGCCUCGAAGGCGAGUGAUUAUGGCGUAAGGAUCAACGCCCUCUGUCCCACUUUCGUCCGAACGCCAAUCCUUGAUUUCCUGACCAAUGAGAAGUCGGCGGGACAGUUUGGUGAUCUCCUGCGUUUAGCCGAGCAGCUCAAGCAGAUGGCCGGCGUACUCGAGGUGCCAGACGUCGCUGAGAGGUUCCUGCAGCUGGUGACGGACGAGGAGAAGAACGGGGCGGUGAUGAUGGUGACGCUGGAGGGCGGCACCGUUGUGAGUUUUCCGGAGCUUUUUAAGGUGGCGGUCGAGCUGGGGCCGCCGUCCCAGUAGCCCGCCAUCGAGAGGGUAGCGUUUCCUUAGAGGGGCGGGUCGCCCCAAAAAUGAGAUAAUGCUUUAGCUGCACUAACCCGGAGUGCCGGCCGUCAAUCCAGGCCGUUUCGCUCAGAUUUAAUUUAGAGUUUUCUAGAUAUCCGCUGCAGCUCUCCCUGAUACAGCGAAUCUCAGCGGUGCCAACGUUUGUGGUGCUCGAAGCACCGAAAAUUUACUUUAAAAAAAACUGCCAGUGUUUCUUUCCAAAUGUAGUGCCACAGUUAUGAACAUGAAUAGACCUUAUUGUAUUCCGGUUUCAUAAAAAAACUGCUUUCUGCCGCAAGUACAGCGACUGUGUGUAUCCGCGUAAAAACUUUCAAACAAAGCUUGCCAGUAUUCUCUAUUUUAAAACUUUGUAGAACUUUGUAGAACGUCUAAGAAAAAACGAUCACUACGAAAAUGUGAAAAUAAAAGCUGAUGUUCAUAUUGUAACAUAUAUGUCUUUAAUACCAUAUAACAUCUUUCUGAUAAAUUACUGCGCCGUCUGACUGCACGUUUAAAAGAAAUGUAUUAAUUCACAAUGCUACGUAAUAAUGGUACACGUACAGUUCACUUACACAGGUCUGAGUUCCUCGUGAAUAAAACUAUUUUCACGUG